AUGGCAUCACCUACGGUCGAUAAAUCCUGGAUGUGGCAUCCGGGAUUCAGUGAGGAGCGAACUGAUACCGCAGGCUUGUUCGUUCACUUUCGCAAAGAUCUCAACAUCGACGUCAACCUACCCUCCUCAUUGGUCGUGCACAUCACGGCCGACACGCGGUACAAGCUUUACGUCAACCAGCAACUCGUCACAUUUGGCCCAGUCAAGGGCGAUAGCAAUCUCUGGUUCUAUGACGAGGUUGACAUUGCGCCGUAUUUGCACGUCGGCCAGAAUCACAUUUUCGUCAAUGUUCUCCGAUUCUUCCAUGCCAAUCCCUAUGCCCUAUCUUUCCCAAGGCUUCCUCAAGGAGGACUACGUGUGGCAGCAGCAGACGCCAACGACCCGUUACGCCAUGAACUCUGCAGUAGCACACAGUGGCAAACUGCCAUCGACAAAUCAGCCAUUUUGAGGAUAGAUGAUGCCGAAGACGACUUCCUCCAUAUCUACGAGCAUAUUGAUAAGUCUGGGGGCAUUGGCAUGGAGUGGAUGCCCGCGAAACUCUAUGAAUUUCAAACUUCCACUGGCAACUCGGCGCCGUGGACCCUGUCUCCACGCCUGAUUCCUCCUAUGAAGCGAGGCACGGCUCAUCUGGGAGCAGUUCAUGUUGUGCAGAGCGAUCUUCCGAAAACGAGCUUUGAAGCAGCCUUGCUGAAUGCUGGUUUGGAUACUCAGCGUCCCUCUUGUCCCCUUACACUACCGGUCGGCUCGAGCCAUGUUAUUGACGUCGAGAUGGCUCAGCACACCACAGCUUUGGUUCGAUUUCGAUUCAAACAACCAAGGACGUCAACUGGCACAUUCCACGUGACCUAUUCUGAGUGCUACGAGGAAGAACCGAUCCUUGUCCCAUACCUAAGGCGUAAGGACCAAAGGUGCGAUCGCAGUAAAUCACUAUUCGGUCCUCGAGACAUAUACCGUUUCGGAGGUUCACGACAAGCUCAAGAAUUGAAGGACCCUGUGGAAGCCGAUUCUGAAGAAAUCUUUGCUCCUUUUCAUUUUCGUACUUUCCGUUUCAUGCGUCUAGUUAUCAAUGUUGGAGACGAGGAGCUUACAAUCAACGGCAUUGAUGUUGAAACGGUCAACUAUCCACUCGAUAUUGCGGCGUCAUUCGAAGCGCACAAUGAUGACUCUCGGUCGAGCGAGCUUUGGACUACCAGCCUUCGAACAUUAAUCAAUUGCAUGCAUGACUGCUACGAAGACUGCCCCUUUUACGAGCAGCUUCAGUAUGCAAUGGACACACGAAGCUCCGCCUUGUUCACCUAUUACGUGUCUGGGGACGAUCGUCUAGCUCGCCAAGCCAUUAUUCAGUUACACAAUUCUUUUCAGGCACGGUUAGGGCUAACUUCUAGUCGUGCACCUUGUACCCAGGCACAAGUCAUUCCGCACUUCUCUCUGUACUGGAUCUGUAUGCUCAAUGAUCAUUUCAUGUUUUACAACGACAAAGUCUUCAUGACACAAUUCUUACCUGUGGUGGACGCAGUGCUGGGUUAUUUUCACGGCCGUGUGGAUGCGGGCUUGGGACUUACAGUUUCCGAGUCCCGGCCUGGUAUCUGGAACUUUGUCGACUGGGCCGAAAGCUGGAGACCAUACGGCAUUCCACCGGCUGCGGAGCGCACCGGCAUUUCCACUUAUACAAACAAUCUGUACGCCUACACAUUGAAAAAGGCCGCUGCUCUUGCCAAAGAACUAGGACGGCCAGGCCUAGCGGAUGAGUAUCUCCGGCGCUCGGAAAUCAUUUUGGAAGCCGUGAGAAUGAACUGCUUUGACGGCGAAUUUUAUGCCGAUAGCCUUGCAUGCAAAUCUGCCAAAGACAAAGAUUGCUCGGAACAGAACCAGGUGUGGGCUAUAUUGAGUGGUGCGGCAACUGCUCAAGAAGGUGCUGAACUUCUGCGCAAAUGUCUGCUCCCAAAUCGAACAAGUCAAAGUCUUGUGAGAUCUUCCAUAUCGAUGAAAUUCUACACCCUGCGUGCUCUUAGCUUAGUCAAUGACGGUCUAUAUGAAGAGUGUUUCCACGACAUUUGGGAACCGUGGCGUAAGCAGUUAGAAUUGGGCCUGACGACAUGGGAGGAGGACAGCGUUUCUCAGCGCUCUGAUUGCCAUGCAUGGGGAAGUGCACCGCUCCACGAAUUUCUCGCCGAGGUUGUGGGUAUUAGACCCGCUUCCCCUGGAUGGACAGCUGUUCGGUUCCGUCCGAGGCUCCAACUGUACAAGCAGUUGAAUGCAAAGGUGCCACUUCGUUCGGUUUACGGUAAGCCAGAAGAGAUUAUUAGUGUCUCCUGGGUCACGGAUGACUCUGGGAAGGUUACUGUGACUCUGGAUUUUGAGAACUAUCAUCCAACGUCAAGGAUCGUUUAUGUUGAACUACCAUCACAAGCGGUGCAGACAGUGUAUUCUUCAAAGAAGCAUACGUUUCGUGUGAGGCUGGAUAAAUAG